AUGACACCAAAGAUAAACUCGUCGUCGAGCUUAUCUACACUGUGCCGAAAAUUGCAUUUCCCCAGGUCUAUCUUGGCACAUACUCGAACGUUUAGAAUACCAGCCACCACAAUGACUCGGGGUGUAGUUGUGUGUGUUGCUCACGGCGGAGGCCCAAUGCCUGUACUCGGAGACCCUGGCCACGCUUCCAUCACGGCUUCACUAAAGACCCGUGUGCCCAAGAUCCUCAAGCUUGGCACACCAGAGGCCCCGCGAGCGAUUGUGGUCGUGACAGCACACUGGUCCGAAGGCAGACCCACCAUUUCAUCCGGAGAGCGCCAUGACCUCUACUACGACUACGGCGGUUUCCCGCGGGAGGCGUAUUCGCUCAAAUACCCUGCGCCCGGAUCACCCAGCAUCGCACAGGAGCUGAAGCAGGCUCUCGAAAAGGAGGGUCUCUCACCAGCACUGGACUCACGGCGAGGCUGGGACCACGGCGUCUUCAUUCCACUUCUCCUCAUCAACCCCGCCGCCAACAUUCCUGUCAUUCAGCUUUCCGUACUCGCCUCGGAGGACCCCGACGAGCAUUUCCGCAUGGGCCGCGCCCUUUCGGCGCUGCGGGACUCCAACGUCGCCAUUCUCGGUUCCGGUUUCGCCUCGCUCCACAACCUGGGCAAGAUGCGGUCCUUAUUCAUGGGAGACCCCGUGGCGGCCAAGAAGCUCGCCAAGCAGGUCAAAGAGUGGAAUUCUGAACUGACGGAUGCCGUGGCGAAGGAGAAGCGCAAUGACCGUGAGAAGGCACUCUCCGGCUGGCGGAAGUUCUCCCACAGCUACGAUAUGCACCCUCCCCACGGCGGCGAGCACUUUAUGCCCCUGUUGGUAUGCGCCGGUGCGGCCGAAGACGAGGUUGCCAACGUGUACCAGGACGAGUUCCACGGCAUGGAUAUCAAGACAUAUUACUGGGGGGAUGUACGUGUUUAA